AGCCGGAAAAAGGAAGUGGUUAUUUCGUUGCGUUUGUGCCUUUAGGAUUGUUCGCGAAUAAAUUAGAGAGACAAGUUUAGAUAGUUCGGUGUUGAUUAGGAAUCGUGGAGUUAGUUUGUCCUUUCGAUUAGUUCUGAGCAUCGAGGUUAACAGAACUUCGCUAAGCUAAACAUAGAGCUCGUGUGACUUUUAAGUCAGAAUGUUCAAAGUUCGAAUGAUCCGAGCUGUGAUGGAGCAGCGACUAAGUGCUGCUGUCGAAGAAGUCUUUGGACUGUUUGAAAGAACCAUUUUAGAGUACGAGGCGGAACUGUCUCGGACGAAAGAGGAGUACGAGCGACAGCGCGAAGUGCUCGUCCAUGUCCGCAAACCCUAUCCUCGGCUUUGCGAAGCAGAGGCCCAGCGGGUUUCAGUAGCGAGUCAAGAGAAGGUUUCCAUUGAGCAGCAGGAAUGGAGCUCCACUGCUGGGCAGGAGUCCCCCUACAUUAAAGAGGAAAAUGAGGAACCGUGGGAGCAGCUUCAAGGACUAGAAGAGGCUAACAUAAAGUUCCCAUUAACUGGUGUCCCUGUAAAGAGUGAGGACGAAGCUCAGUCAUCACAGCUUUAUCACAGAUGGGCGAAGCCUCUAACGCAAGAUAUGACAACAGAAGACGAUGGAGGCUCACUUGCAGAUAUCAACUUUGCUCCGCUGUCAGACACGGACAACAUAUCAGACUCUUCGGAGACCGAUCACAGCGACGACGCCAAAAAACCUUUGAAGCGUAAAAAGUACAGUAAAGGUGAUAUGAGAAAUCCCACUGACGACAAACACUUCGACUGCUCUGAAUGCGGGAGGACAUUCAACCAGAAGUGUAAUUUGACAUUACAUAUGAGGACGCACACUGGAGAGAGACCGUUUUCUUGCAUAGUCUGCAAUAAGACGUUCUCCCAAAAGCAUCAUAUGAAAAGACACAUGAGAAUACACACAGGUGAGAAACCUUUUCCCUGUUCCAUUUGUUCCAAGAGAUUCAGAGAAAAGUAUGACUUGAAAGUGCACAUGAAAACACACGCUGGAAAUCGACAUUUUACCUUGUCAGCUGAACUCAACACAUGAAGCUGUGGAGCAUCACGAGCAAACUGAAACAAGUGAGACUUUUGGACAAGCCCUUGACAGUUGGAGUAAAACCAGAACUACAGGUGCAUCUCAAUGAAUUAGAAUAUAUAUAUUUUUAAAAAAUGGAAGUCCCGGUGUGUGUGAUAAUUAGGUCACUGACAGUCCCCCCUUCAUUUCUGGUUUAAAUUUGACAGCUAUCUCAACGUUUUGACGUCAAUAUAAUAUGUGAUCUAAAAAGGACAGUUAUCUCUGAAGUCAUGUUUGUUGGGGCCGUUGCAGCAAAACAAUUUGAGAAAACAAUGUACUUUAUUUUUGUACAGGCAUCAGAGUUUAAAGUACACAUACUCUUCAAUUGUUGAAUUGCAUUAGAAGUGUCUUAUUUUGUUUGAAUAGCCAUUGUUUGUUCAAUAAAAAAAUACUAUCCAAUAAAAUAAAUAAAACGCUUUAAAUCUAUUCACAAUAUUUUCGACUAUGAAAAAAAACAGUCGCACGCCAGGAGGGUCGUAUUACAUUUGAUGAAAUGAUUGAUUAAAUUAUAGAAACACCCAAACGAAAGACAAACACUUCACAAUUUCUGAACACACAAAAACAAAAGUCCAAACAAUUUAGAGCAGUUUGACAGCGAAAUCAAUAAAUCAACCAGUCAGUUUUGUUCACAUCUGCAGAGCCCGGAUGAGGAGGCAAAGACUCACCGGAUGUGGACAAAAUGAAUAAGCUGACUGAGCUGUCAAUCUUUGAUUUUGCACCUUCCUUUUCCUAUUCAUGAAGAUGAUAAAUGUUUUCACUAUUGAUUUUGUGUUUUCUGAAAUUGUCAUUUGUUCCGGUAUUUGUUUUUGUAAGAUUGUAAAGGGUCCGCGUACCUUCCGUUCAUUCUAUUUCCAAUUCUGAAACACAAAUCGCUCCGUACCGCGGAUGUCGUUGUGGCUUGUGCAGCCCUUUUAGACACUUGUGAUUUAGGGCUAUAUAAAUAAACAUUGAUUGAAAUAAAAAAAUAAAAGUAGGGCUGUUUUUCGAUUUUUAU